AUGUCCUCGACCACCACCACCUCUACCAUCCAAAAUAUAAAGGAAAAUGCACGCCCAUCCAUCUCAACGCACAGACUGCUCUACAGAGGCUCACUCGCCUUGCCAGACUCGGAGAUGAUCCUCGACGGUCUCGCUUUUGUCAUGGAAAUCGCAUUCAAGUCGCCCAUGUCCCUCAUCAACUCACCCAUCCCACUUGGGCUCGAGUCGAUGCGAGGCCGUCCACUCCGUCUCGUUGCAGUCAUAAACAUCUCAGACAUCACCCUCGAAUGCUUUGGAGAUGUCUCGAUGUACAUCCACCCAGAUGCCUUUCUCACCCGCUCGUUUUUCGAACGCACUCUCUGCUCCGACACGCCACUCAUACCAGACGCCAACAACAUGCGCACUAGAAUGGCCGUACGCAUAGGUCUAGGGGACGGACAAGGUCCAGACGACUCGGACAUUCUCGUCUUUGGCCAACUCGACACAUCUACCCUUCCCAACGAAUCCCCUCCAACACUCCAACUCCUCGCAGGACGUAUCGCCCCACCACCAGUCCCCUCUUCUCCGCCACGUCGCAUACCACGUCCAGACGACCCACUCCCGCGUGCCAACCCAUUGGUAAACCUACACCUCUCCCCCGGUCGACGCGGUCUCAAGCGCAAAAGAUCAAGCGGAACAAAUCCAUUCGCCACAGACCAUGCCACGGCUAUAGCACUCGCGGGAUCCAAAGCACAAAAGGGCGACGGCAUGGCGGCGUCGGCACUAUUGGCCGCGCUCGCUGAAGCACAAGCAGAAGAGGAGAAGAAGCGCAAGAGUGGCAAAGUCGUCGUGGGAGAUGGUGAACCAAUCAGCAAAGGGCUUACCCGUCGACCGCUUUUACGUGUGACGUCCUCCAAGGGUUCCGGUGCGGACAAGUCCAAGGGUCAGCGAUUGGAUACGGAUGGGUUUGUCGUUCCGGGCUUGCCUGCUCGAACGAACAGUUUAAAAGGCAAGGAUGUGGAUCCAGGACAAGCAAACGGGACAGAGUCGGAACUAGAGACCAAGAAUAAGAAUGCUAUCAAGAAGCGAACGCUCGCUGCAUUGGAAGCCUGUGGGAUUUCCAAAUCCCACUCACAGUUCAAGGAUAUGUAUGGAUCGAUCAAUAGUGGUGUCAAGUUUGCCGUCAGAAAUAUCAUCCGAGAUACACACGUAGAUCGAGAUUUGAUUGUCAAACUGGUGGAGACGCAUCUCGAAAUGUACUUUGGCGGGCGGGGCGGCAAGUAUAACCUUCACGAAAAGGACGCUCCCAGCCAGACCGAGGAAGCGACAGCUACGAAUGCUGGUCCGAACACGACCGCUGAUUACACGACCGCACCACCUCCGGCAGCGUAG